UCCAAUCAAUAGUAGAAGAAAAAAGGCAUUAGAACAUUAAGGAGAAAACUCUGGAAUAUUUUUCAAUUAAAUUGCCAUAACUUUGAAAAUUUGUGAAUUCUACUUAUUUUAACAUUGCAACAUUUAACAAUAAAGUGUUUUUCUUCUAAAUAAAAUUAAAACACGAGGAAUUCAACCCAAUUUUCUGCUAAAGUUGAAAAAUCCAUACACAAAAAAAAAACAACAUGGCUGCCCCAUUUGAUUUAGAGGAUUUGGGUAAAUUAAAAUCGUUUGUGGAAUUUGUUGCAGCAAAUCCUGCUAUACUAAAUAUGCCACAAUUGGAAUUCUUCAAAAAGCUUAUCGAACAAUUUGGUGGUAAAGUGCCCGAAGGCACAUUCCAAAUGCCGGCCGGAGCGAAAUGUCCCUUUGGUGGCGAUGUGAAAUCUGAAAGUAAAUGUACUCCUCCAUCUGCCGAAGCCGAGGUGGAUGAAGAAGAAAUUCCUGAAAUGGAUGCUGAAUCAGAAGAGUCCGAAGUAGAAUUAGAUAUGGAAGCCAACAACAUGACUGUAUUAGAACCGAACAUUCUAUAUCUGGACGAGAAGCCGCCAAAAAUUGUUAAAACUAAGAAACUAAAAACAAGUAGAAAAUCCACAAAAAAGCAAGCAAGCAAACAGAAAACCAAACUAAAACUAUCAUUGAAUCCAAGAAAACGUUCAGCAAAAAUUAACAAAAAUCAGAUUAUUAAAAAAGAAGAGGAAUUGUGUGGUUAUGAUGAACAGGAAGAAAAAUUGGAAAAUAAUGAUCCCAAUGAUCCCUUGUACACGGCAAAACUGGAAAUCAAAUGUGAACUGGGCGAUGAGAAUCAAAAUGACAGUAUCGACUAUAAUUGUGAAGUAGAGGAAAUGGAAGAUUUUGAUGAUGAUGAUGACCAUGAUUAUAAUUAUGAACAUGACUGGUUUGGCAGCAAAGAGGAAAGAAGUGAUGGUGAGGAGGAGGAGGAGGAAGAUGAAGAAUAUGAUGACAAUGAAAUUGAAGAGGAUGAAGAUGAACCUUUGAUAGUGCUGGCACGACGUAAGGGCCGACCUCGUAAGAAAAUACAAGAGCUCGAUGAUGAAAAGAUCAAAGCUCCACGCAGCGUAGUAUGUCGUGAAAUAUGUAAGCAACAUUGUACCGAGAAAUUUACCGAGGAACAGCGUAAGAAUACUUGUGAUUAUUAUUGGAAUCUAAGCAAAGAUGAUAGAUUGGCCUUUAUACGAAAACACAUUAGAGCCAGACGUUUGACACGCAUGGUACGUGUGAAAGGCCAUCGAAUUCGUGGCAAUAACUGCUGUUAUUAUCUCAAGCCUUAUGAAAUUGGCUGUGAAGAAACAGCUCCGGAAAACAGUGCCGGCCUUAUACGAGUUUGUCGAAAAUUCUUUGAAGCCACCCUGUGCACCACUAAUCACUUCAUUAAAAAAGCCAAUGAUGGUACAGUAUUGGAAAUCGAAAAAGAUUUACAUUUGCUCACUCAAAUGAGAUUGGCCAAGGAAAAAAACAAAUGCAAAGAGCCCCUACAAAUUUUAGAUCCAGAAACUGGCAAUUUAAUCACUCUGGAUACAAAAGCGAACAAAAUACAAAAGCCAAAAGAUAAUAAUUCCUCUCCCGACAAAAAUGAAAAUAUCAAACGUAUGCGCCGUAAACCCGGAGAUCCAGAGCCUGAACAUUUUCCAAAACCCAUCAGGUGUGCUCUGCGCUGCAUACACAAAUGUCAUACAAAAUUCAGCGAGGAAGAACGAAAACAAAUUUGCGACUUUUUCUGGUCUAUGGACUAUAAGAGACGCAAAGAUUUCAUUUUGGCAAAUAUGGAAAUAAAAGACAUUGAAACACAAACGACAACUGAAUUUCGUAAAACAAACCGUCCUCCCCGAUCCUAUCAAACGCGAUUUUUUUUGCGCUCUGGCGGCAUGCGUGGAGAAAACUUGAGAGUUUGUAAAGAUUUUUAUGCCAAAACUCUGUGUAUUAAUCGUUAUUUCAUCAAGAAUGCCAUAGAGUUUGCCGAUAAAACAACUGGCUAUUACACAGGCACUGAUAGACGCGGAGCACACAUGGCUCCCAAUAAAAUAUCCGAAGCACGUAGACAAACGGUAUUUGAUCACAUCGAUUCAUAUCCCCUUUGGAUACCAAAUAAAAAAACCAAAACCAAAUAUCUGCACCAUUCUCUGACCAUAAAGAAAAUGUAUGAAGCAUAUAAAGAGAAAAGUUUGGCAGAAAAUAAAGAGUAUGUUUCCAUGCACUACUAUUACAAAACGUUCCAUGCCCAUUCCCAUCUACUAUUCCUUGCGAAUCCACAUCCCAAAAAGGGUGGUGGUUUUCUAAAAGCAAAUCCUAAUAUAUCCCAUUACACGGGUGAAGAGCCUGGCGGCUGUUGGAUUGAUAGCAAAGGCAAUAAGCUAGAUUUACGAUCAAUUAAUCCAGCACAAAUUUUAAGUACCAGCCAACAAAAUUCCCCCGUCGAUGUAUCGGAAAAUACAUCUAUGGUGUCUAAUCCGUUUGCAUCUGGAAGUGCUGCUGCGCAACAUGCAUUAAAUAUUCUUAAUCCUACUACUUUAAUACCACUAAAAUCCACUGCAAAUCAAUCAGCAACACUUGCAGUGGUGAGAACUGAAUUAAAUUCUGCUCUUUAUGGAUCUCAAGAUCCCAUUAACAUGUUUAGAAUGUUUUAGUUUAA